GUUAUUAGUACACUCGUAACAUCCUGCCGGACAAAAUGGCAAGGUUAUCGGAGACGAGAUAUUGUAAAGAGGGUAGUAUUAACCCUCCCUCCGCAGGGAAAUUUGUUCCUCUAAAAUUUCGACCGGAUGUAUAUCCUCACAGUGAAUUUGAACGCUUUGUGAGAAAUAAUGGCAGUUACUUCACGGCAUUUAACAUCGAACCCUUUCCGUUCGAGCGAGACAGAGUCGCGACACGAAUGUCCGAUGAGGAUCGAGCAAGGCGAGCAAAGUGGAUGAAAGACCAAGAUCUCGCAAAAGAUGAACCGAGAACGCAUAAAAGCCUGAUGGACAAGAUCAAGCCCAAAAAUGCUAUAAGACGACUGGUUAAAGCUCCAGGGAAUAUGCUGGAAGGAGCGCUAACUAACGUGAUGAGUCCCUUUUAUGCCUCCAACCUGCGAGUAUUGACUACCAGGCUGAUUAGACUAUACGUGCUCGGAGUGGCAGUAACCUACUGGCUCAAAUACCACAGCAAGAGUUGGGAGAAAAGGAAAGGAGGAUUUUACUUUCUUGGUGAUGGCGCCAUGGGCUUAGAGGAAGUGGGGUAUCAAAAAUCCAGUGACUUUGCAGAUUAUGGAUUCAAGGACAGGAAAGUGUUGAGGCUGGAAAGUUAAUAAAUUGUUGGUGUUUAAUGACAAUAAACUAGAGAGAUGUACUGAAAUAAACCUAUCGUUUGUGAUAUAUUAUUUUCUUUCUUGAUUUCUGAAUUAAAAAAAAGAAAAAGAG